UGUGAUACCCUACUUAAACACAAACUCAAACACAACACAAACUAAAAUCAUGAUAUCAUCACCAAGUUCAUACUUGGCAAUUUUAAUCCUCUUGAUAUCAAUUUCAUUAACAAAAUCAGCUUCAAUUGAAGAAAACUUUGUCCAAUGUCUAAGUUUCUAUUCAGACAAAGCAGCACCAUUUUAUGCAUCAAUUUACACUCCAAACAAUGCUUCAUUUAACAACAUCCUUAAUUCUUCAGCACAAAAUCUAAGGUAUUUGGUACCUUCUGCUCCAAAACCCGAAUUCAUAUUCACACCCUUAACCGAUUCACAUGUCCAAGUAGCUGUUACUUGUUCAAAGAAACUUGGUAUUCAUCUAAGAGUAAGAAGUGGUGGCCAUGAUUAUGAAGGACUCUCAUAUGUUUCCGAAAUCGAAACGCCUUUCAUAAUCGUCGACCUAGCCAAACUUCGCGAUGUAAAUGUUGAUAUUGGAGAUAAUAGCGCUUGGAUUCAAGCCGGUGCUACUAUCGGCGAAGUUUAUUAUAGAAUACAUGAGAAAAGUGAUGUUCAUGGUUUCCCUGCUGGUCUUUGCACAAGUUUAGGUGUUGGUGGACACAUAACAGGAGGUGCAUAUGGAUCCAUGAUGAGAAAGUAUGGUCUUGGAGCUGAUAAUGUUCUCGACGCAAAAAUAGUCGAUGCGAACGGAAAUAUUCUCGAUAGAAAAUCUAUGGGGGAGGAAUUCUUUUGGGCUAUUAGAGGUGGUGGAGGUGGAAGUUUUGGUAUUCUUCUUUGGUGGAAGAUAAAACUUGUUCCUGUUCCAAAAACCGUGACGGUUUUUACCGUUACCAAAAGCUUAGAACAAGAUGCAAGUAAGAUUGUUCAUAAAUGGCAAGAAGUAGCACCAACUAUUGAUGAAAAUCUCUUUAUGAGAGUUAUCAUUCAACCAGCUGCUAGUACUGCAAACAAAACUCAAAGAACUAUUACUACUUCUUACAAUGCUCAAUUCCUAGGCGAUUCGGAGAAACUCCUUCAAGUUAUGAAGGAAAGUUUUCCUGAAUUAGGUUUGACUAAACAAGAUUGCACGGAAACUAGCUGGAUCAAAUCUGUUAUGUAUAUUGCAGGCUAUCCAAAUGAUACACCACCUGAAGUUUUGCUUGAAGGAAAAUCAACAUUCAAGAAUUACUUCAAAGCAAAGUCAGAUUUCGUAAGAGAACCGAUACCGGAAACGGGUUUACAAGGAUUAUGGCAAAGGUUGUUGGAAGAAGACAGUCCUUUGAUGAUUUGGAAUCCAUAUGGUGGCAUGAUGAACAAUUUUUCGGAAUCUGAUAUCCCUUUUCCUCACAGAAAUGGAACACUUUACAAAAUUCAGUAUUUAACUCUUUGGCAAGAUGGAGACAAGAAUGCUUCAAAGCAUGUUGAUUGGAUCAGGAAGCUUUAUAACUACAUGACCCCUUAUGUGUCUAAGUUUCCAAGGGAAGCAUAUGUGAACUAUAGAGAUCUUGAUUUGGGAAUGAAUAAGAAGAAUAGUACAAGCUUUAUACAAGCAACUUCUUGGGGUAACAUGUAUUUCAAAGAUAAUUUCAAUAGGUUGGUGAAAAUUAAGACUAAAGUGGAUCCUGAAAAUGUGUUCAGGCAUGAGCAGAGUAUUCCACCGCUACCAGUUUCAACUAUGCAACUAAAAGACAAGAAAUGCAAGAGAUGGGAAUAAGGCACUGAUUUGCCAGAGUUUCUUGUUGGUAAUUAUAAAUUUCAUGCAGGGUUGUUUGGGUGAAAUAGACAAAAUAAAAAAUAUAUUUUGAUAUUUUCUGUGUUUGGUGUUGUUAAUGUUGUAAGAUAAUGAUUGAGUGUUUUUCUGUUUUAAACAUUUCUAGCUUUACAUUAUCUUUAUGUGGAAAGAUUCUUGAUGACAGGUGUUGUUGUUCUGUGAAAGAAGUAAUUCUUGCAUAAAUAUAGAUCUUGCAAAAAUAUAUGAUAGAGAGCAACACUAUUUGAAGUUCUUAACUCCACUUUGAUGAUAAUACCAUUUACAUUAGUUUAAGAAA